GCUGCUUGGUUGACGUGCCAUUACGUUGCUGUGUUGCUGCAGCCUCUCACACGGCCGCUGAAGUUUUUGCUCAUAUUCAGAGAGGUUUGGAUACAGCGAGAGAGGGAGGGAGACUGAGCACAGACACACACACACACACACACACCGCUCUUUGCCAGCCGAUCAGACAGAGAGCACGGGUUGUUCCGCGUUGUCUCGACAGCAUCUUUACAAAAAAAUAAAGCAGGGCUCGCCCGGACAUCUUUUUCUUCUCCAAAAUCGGUCGUUUUAUCCUGCGCCGUUAUUUUUGGAGAGAAGCGUCGGAGCUGUGCGGUGAAUCGGAUGAAGGCACUUUCUCUGGUUUGACUCCGAAAGCGCAGCCACUGUGCUCACAUAUGACACUGCAGCAGGUAUAACUGAGGAGAAAGGACACCGGGUUAUUUGAGGAUUCUAUUUCUGAAGUAAAUAAACACUUUCACAGCUCAGGAGCUAUAUUGUAAGGAGGAUUUAACUCCAUUUACCUCGGGAGGUAAACAUAGCCUAAAAGUAGCAGACGCCUUCAGAGCAAAGGAGACGGCCAGCUCAGACAUGGAGGUCGCAGCGGCCGAUCAGUCUCGGUGGAUGGCGCACCAUCACGCAGUGCUGAACGGCCAGCACCCGGACUCUCACCACCACAGUCUGAGCCACAACUACAUGGAGCCCAUGGCGCCUUUACUGCCCCAGGACGAAGUUGACAUGUUUCUGAACCACUUGGACUCUCAGGGGAACCCCUACUACACCAACUCCCGGGCGAGGGUCACGUACAGCCAAGCACACGCUCGCCUCACUGGGAACCAGGUUUGCCGACCACACCUCAUCCACAGCCCCGGUAUUCCCUGGCUGGACCCGGGGAAAGCUGCCCUGUCCGCUGCCCACCACCAUAACGCAUGGGCGGUCAGCCACUUCAGCAAACCCGGCCUGCACACCACCGGCUCCGGCUACCCCUGCAGCAGCAGCACCGGCACGGCCCCGGUGUCGUCGCUCACUCCGGCGUCUCACUCCAGCCCGCACCUCUACAGUUUCCCCCCGACCCCACCGAAAGACGUGUCCCCGGACCCCGGCCCUACAUCCCCCACCUCCACCUCGACCAGGAUGGACGAGAAAGAGUCGAUCAAGUACCAAGUGCCGCUGACGGACGGGAUGAAAAUGGAGAGCUGUAGUCCGCUCCGCAGCGGCCUGGCCUCGAUGAACAGCCAGGCCACCGCUACGCAUCACCCCAUCCCGACCUACCCGGCCUACUCUCUGCCACCACACGAGUACGGCGGUAGUCUCUUCCACCCCGGCAGCCUGCUCGGCGGGUCUUCUUCCAGCUUUACGCCCAAAUGCAAAAGCAAAGCCAGGUCGAGCUCAGAACUAUAUGCAGAGGGCCGUGAAUGUGUAAACUGCGGUGCCACCUCAACCCCUCUGUGGCGACGGGAUGGUACCGGCCACUACCUGUGCAACGCCUGCGGACUGUACCACAAGAUGAACGGCCAGAACAGACCGCUUAUCAAGCCCAAACGUAGACUGUCCGCUGCUAGACGUGCAGGCACCUGCUGUGCAAACUGCCAGACCACCACCACCACCCUGUGGAGGCGCAACGGGAACGGAGACCCGGUGUGUAACGCCUGCGGCCUUUACUUUAAACUGCACAAUGUCAACAGACCCCUGACCAUGAAGAAAGAAGGCAUCCAGACACGCAACCGCAAGAUGUCCAGCAAGUCCAAGAGGAACAAGCGAGCAGGCGACGGCUUCGACGAGCUGUCAAAGUGCAUGCAGGACAAGGCCUCUCCCUUCGGCGGUGCACCUGGCCUCACCAGCCACAUGGCUCACAUGGGUCACCUGCCCCCCUUCAGCCACUCUGGACACAUGCUGCCUACUCCCACGCCCAUACACCCUUCGUUCGGUCACCCUCACCACUCCAAUCGCUCACCGGUCUGGGCUGAGCCUCACUGAGGCUCCUCCGGACCCAGAAGUCCUCCGCCUGUAGGAGCCACCACAUCGCCAUUAACACUAAAUGGCCCUCCACAUCGCGUCAAAAGCUGAGCAGACUUGUUGUGUCAUGUACAGUGGUUGGAGGGGAGAGACUUUCAGUUGGACUUCAUGACUGAAGGUCGCGUCAUGCCUGACCUCACUGAUGGGACGCUGCAGAGCAGGACUUUAGUGGACUCUGUGAAGAGCUUAUGUGACGAGGGGUUUGUUAGUCCCCAUGUGAGGCUUGCAGGAAUGGAGUGAACGGCGACGCUUGUCAUUCUUUUUGCUUAUUUUUACUAAGUCACUUUGGUACCCACCUCUCCUUGACCCCUGUAACAGGAGACUCACGAGAGGUCUUAAAAAACCCCGCUGUUUUCACCUCACGGCCAUCUCAUUAUACACUGAGAUACGUGCACCCCGUUCAUCCCCAGGCUGUUUGUCCACGGACAAACACUGCAGCGCUGGAAGUCUCAAGAAGACUGGCCCACAGCUACAGCACCCGUACACCACUGUUACGAACCAGUCCGACGUAGACUACAGUACCCACAAGCCAGUGCUCUCCUCUCAUGCUGGAUUGUACACCACCACAAUGCUCACCUGUUUUUAAUAAUGGACUUUUAUGGAAAAAAGACACAGUAAAUAGAGUGUUUAUAAAUGCUUAAUUGCUAUUAUUGUUGUUAUAUUUGAUGUUAUAAUUAUUGCUUCGAUAAUUUAUUUUCACUCUUUAAGCUUUCGUCAAAGACACAUGGAAACUGUUAUGAUUUGAAUUUCAUGGUUAUUACGUAAAGAAAAACACUGAUCUAUCUUAGAUGAAAAGUCCCUGAGCUGUACGUUUUUAUCAUUUUUUCCAUCUCACAAAAGUAAAGGAAAUAAAGUUUAAUACUAAAGUAAAA